AUGUUGGCUGGAUCCCUUGCCCUUCCGACUGAUUCAUCCAACACUCGCACCCCAGUAUCUACUCCAGCACCAACACCACAGCCAGAGUCCAAGCAGGCCAAACUUUCAUAUGCUGCAGUUGCUGCUUUUGCAAGUGGUGGUGCUGGUGGAGACACCGUUGCCACUGUUGCCACGACUAAAUCCACCAACCCAUUCAAGGAUUCAACAACCAAUGUACCAUCGCCUGAUCCAACAUCUGGUUUAUCUAAACGUACGAAAAUCCUUAACUCGGAAUUGAUCAAGUAUCCAUUCAAGACAUUGAAUCGUAUUCUUAAUGAUUUGAAAUGGACGAUCCCCAUACGACAAAAAUAUAACUAUAGUUUAUUGAAUAGCAAGCCCAUUGACUAUUCCCAUCAUUUGAGUCAUGUGGUCAAUUCCAAUGCCUUCAAGUGUAAGUUGCUAGAGUUAAAUGAGAAUUUAGAAGAAUGUCCUGCAUUAGAAACCAUAAAAUUAGAUGAAACGGCUCAAACAUUGUAUGUCCUCAGAGGAUUGGUUGUUGAUGAGAUGAAUCCUGAUUAUACUUGUCAUUUCCGUAUCCUUGUGCUUGAAUCAGACUCAAAUCCAUUCGUGACAAACAUAAUUGAUAAGCAUCAAUAUCAUAUUAUUCCAUCUACAUUACUUUCACCUAAUGAUCGUCAAAUCUUGCUGAGAUCAGACAAUUCUGACCAGACUUUAAUCGACGAUGCAUUUUUCAAAAGUUUGAAUUCUCCAAACAAUCAAAUCUUAAGAGUAACUUUAUUUAAUCGAGAGUUCACUAAGGAAGAUUUAAAUCCACUCCUUGAUAGUAAAAUAAUUAGGCAACGAUACAUGAAAGGUAUUGAAAAACAUCCUAAUUUAUCUCCUGAAGUUACUCCUAGUGCCAAGCAUUGUAUUAAAACAUUGACCAAGGUGUUACGUGGACCAAUAUUGUUGAAGCCGCGGGAUCCAAUCAAGACAAUCAGUUUGAAGAAUACAGUCAUGGAUGCCCAAAUUGAUGUCAACCUAUUAUUAACCAGAUUAUCAUUCACUUUAGAUGAGGAUAAACAAGAUGUUAUUCCACCUAAUUUAACGCUAUUACCAGGAUUGAAGGAAUCAUAUAUCCGCAAGGUGCUGGAACUUUUAUACUUGCAAACAAAAAUCAAACCACGGAAUGAUGAAUCGGCAACUCCCAACUCAUUCAAUGAUAGUUUGAAAUUAGUAUUUCUGACUAUUACAGAAUAUGAUAAAGCUACAAGUAUUCAAAAUUUCAACAAUACUCAUGCUAAUAGAUUACCAUACCUUGUCAAUUUGAGCAUAUCCCCUAGUUUUCUGGAUGAGUUGAUUAUUAAAUGUUUUGAAAACACGGUGGUCUCUGACUUGGUUAAUAGAUUACAUUAUGUGGACUCCUUACGUGAAACCAGGGAUUAUAAAUUCAAUACUGGACCAGGAUCUCCGAAAAAGCUCGAUGCAUAUUUAGACAAUAUGGCCAGUCAAGGUGAAUUAAUUGGAUUCAGAGAUUAUUUGGAAUCAAUGAAAAUCAUUGGAUUGUCUAUUCAAAAUCAAGACGAGAUUGACCAGAUUGAUGAUGAUGUGAUUGUUGCUAUGUAUCGUACCCAAUUCAAAAACGACCCCAAGAAUUAUCCUUAUUACAACAAGCAUUUACAACUUAUUGCCCGUGCUAAACAAUCUCGGGCAUUAAUGGGUUUCAUUGGCCUGGAAAUUAUUCCUAUGUCGAUUGCUCUCGAUGAGUUGAAUAUUGAAGAGAUUACCGAGGAUGAUGUGGUGAUCACAGCGUAUGAAUUCAAACUUGACGAGAUAUUACAAAUCAAUGGGUUUAAUGGCAAUAGUGACGAUGUGGUAUUUUUGAACAAAGCAUUGGUUUCAGUUGCAGUACAACGGAAAAGCUAUAUCUUGCUAAGUUAUCUUGAAGCAAAACUUCCAGGCUAUGUGAAAUUACUCGAAAUGGAUGAUAUUACUACGGCCAAAGCAUAUGAUUUACUUGAUUCAACUUUCCAAAUGUCUGAUUUUGAAAUCCUCACUAAUUUCCAAAACAAAUUUGUCCAUUCAGAUACCGAUAUCCGUACUCUUCGUUACUGUAUGACAUUGAUUGCUGACUCUAGAAACUCCGAUAUAAUCUUCAGCUUUUUAAAAACAGGAAAGAUCGAUUCAUCAUUGCUCCCGGCUGAAAACUGGCCUGCAGGGUUAGACAAUAUCGGAAACACGUGUUAUUUGAACUCAUUGCUUCAAUACUACUUUUGUAUUAAGCCAUUGAGAGAAUUAAUUCUUUCUUAUAACGAGGCUGAUUUCACGAUUGAUGAAUUUUCCCAGACAAGAAAGAUUGGUGGACGGAAAGUGGAGAUUUCUGAACUUAAACGUUCAAGACAAUUUGUUUACCACUUGAGAUACUUGUUUGAAGAGAUGAUUAAAACUAAUAGUAGAUGUGUACAACCAAGUAAGGACUUGGCUUAUUUAAGUUUCCUUCCAUUGUCAAAUCCAGUUAACUUUAGAAAAGAGAACGAAGUUGAAGUUGUCAUGAGGGAGGUGAGUGAUGAAGAAGGUGGAACAGAGACUGAGAAUACUGAUAUGAUUGUGGAUUUAGAGAGUAAAGAAGGUGAUGAAUUGGAAACUCCAACUUCAGAGGAAAUGGGUGCGUUAGAGGACAAGGGUAAUACAGAUGUCAUUGAACAACUGACAGAACUAGCUAUGGAAGUAGAACUUGAACGCGAAAUCGUAUCCGAGAAUAAACCAGGCCCAGAAUUACUUCCUAUCCUGACUGAUCAAAUGGAAAGCACGAUUGAAGUUGGCCGUCAACAAGAUGUUACUGAAUGUAUUGAAAAUGUGAUUUUCCAAAUUGAAACAGUAUUACCACCACAUGAAGUGGAUAAAGAUGGAGAGCAGUAUGAUAUAAUCAAGAAACUAUUUUAUGGAAAGACCAAGCAAACAAUUACUUCCUUAGAAAAGCCAGAUGAAAAACCAAGAGUUUCAUUGGAACGUUUCUUUAGUUUAAUUAUCAAUGUUAGUGAUCAUCCCAAGAGUAUUUAUGAUGCCCUUGAUUAUUAUUUCAAUGAAGAUGUUGUUAAGUUGGAUGAAGGAUUAUUUAAAAGAAGUAUUACCAUAAAUGAGUUACCAGAUAUCUUGCAAUUUCACGUUCAAAGAGUAAUGUUUGAUCGAGAAAAGCUUAUGGCAUAUAAAUCAAUUGAACCUAUUCCAUUCAGUGAUACCAUAUAUCUUGAUAGAUACUUGGAUACCCAAGAUCCUGAAAUUUUACAAAAGAGAGAAGAAGUAUUUAAAUGGAAACGAGAAAUCAAUGAAUUAAUGGAAACAAAAAAGGAUAUCCUUCAUAUUGAUCAAGACACAUCCAUGUCGAUUAUAGAUACUUUAACCACCACCAAAAAGUACCUUGAAAGUAGAAUUAUUCAAGAUGACAAACUCUCGGUGGAAUUAACCACAAUCCAAGUACUUCAACAAGAAAUUUACAACUUGAAAGAAAAACUCGUUGACAUUGAUUCUAAAUUAGACAAGCUUCACCUGCAAGUUUCCAGUCAAUUUGAAAGUUAUAGAUCAAUUGGCUAUUCUAUAUUUGCUAUAUUUAUUCAUCGUGGUGAGGCAAGCUAUGGCCAUUAUUGGGUUUACAUUAAGGAUCCUCAUAACAAUAACAUAUUCCGGAAAUAUAACGAUGAAAUUGUGACUGAAGUUCCUGCUAGUGAAGUGUUUAAUUUCAUCGAGGGAAACACUGCUACUCCAUAUUAUAUCGUCUAUGUCAAGGAUGAAUUGGAAAAUGAAUAUGUUGAGCCAUUGAAGAGGGAUAUCAAAGUACAAAAUUAG